AUGGCACCGCAACAGCCACAACCAGAAUCCUCCCGAGCGCCCAAGCUCAAAGACCCCCCGCGGCCAGUCAGGGAGCAGAUCGCGCGGGUGCUGUUGGAAAAGGGCCCGAAUACCUCACAAGGAGACAUCGGCUCCCACCGCAACAAUCAAUUUUACGCUGACAAGGUCAGGGCUCGCCCGGAGUACAUCCAGAAAUGGCAGAAGCGACAACAAGCCGUCGCCACCACCAUCGUGGUCCCGAAAGUCGAACUGGACCAACUCCUCGAUGUCUCAGCCACACUCGAGGCCAUAAAGAAGGAGGAGGAUGCCGCCGACGCAUCGACUUUUCCAGCUGCUUCUAGCUUCCCGCCCGCCCCGCCCGCCUUCACCAUCACCACUCACCCCAAUGCUCCCACCGGUGGCAACGACACGGAGGUGGCGGCACCACCAUCGCGACCCUCUACCUCGGAAGUCAGCAGAGAAGAUGCCUCGAUAGCUCUGCAUGCCUGCGCCGAUGAGUUCAAGGGGCAAAUCCGGGAGCUUGCCAAUCGUCGUGUCUCGGCGCUAGGCGACGUUGAUCGAGCUGAAAGCGAAGACGUCGCUCGCAUGAUUCCUGUACUGCGCACAGCCAAAGACAAUGCGCUGGUCAUUCUUGAAGCUGCGUUAGAUGACUUCGUCCGCAAGCACAGCGACGCAGUGUCGCAGCUCCAGCGCAUUCCGGUUGGCCAAUGCAAGGACUUUGUCAACGCCUGGACACGUGAGUCUCGGAACAUGUGGUCUACGUUGACUACACGACUCGCGCUGCUGGACUCCAACGUGAGCGCUCGGCUGCAGCUCGACCAGAUCGAGAGGCGAGCAGCGCAGCCACGGCUGCUGAUGGAAGAUGUACGAGAUGAUGCUGAUCUUCCAGAUGAGACUGUAGAUUAG